AUGUGUGACUAUCUAUCUAUCUGUCUAUCUAUCUAUCUAUCUAUCUAUUUAUUUAUCUAUCUAUCCACUUCAUAUCUAUCUAUCUAUCUAUCUACCCAUCCUGUUCAUUAUCUAUCUAUCCUGUUCAUAUCUAUCUAUCUAUUCUAUUCAUAUCUAUCUAUCUAUCUUGUUCAUAUCUAUCUAUCUAUCUAUCUAUUCUAUUCUAUUCAUAUCUAUCUAUCUCUCUAUUCUAUACAUAUCUAUCUAUCUAUCUCUCUAUCUAUUCUAUUCAUAUCUAUCUAUCUCUCUAUUCUAUUCAUAUCUAUCUAUCUAUCUAUUCUAUUCAUAUCUAUCUAUGUAUCUAUCUAUCUAUCUAUCUAUCUAUCUAUCUAUACUGUUCAUAUCUAUCUAUCUAUCCUGUUCAUAUCUAUCUAUCUAUCCAUCUAUCUUCUUCAUAUCUACCUAUCUAUCUAUCUUUCUAUCCUGUUCAUAUCUAUCUAUCUACCUAUCUUUCUAUCUAAAUAUGUUCCUUUCUGUCUAUCUUUGUAUCUGUCAGUGGCAGAAAAAAAAACACUUCUCUUUUCUAUUCAUUCUUAUUUCAAUGCUAUAUAUCUAUGUAUCUAUCUAUCUAUCUAUCUAUCUGCAACCACGAAUGGAUAG